AGAGAGCGUCCUCUUUCUAUCAUCACAGAAACCAACCCAUUUCUCUCUAUAUAUAUUCUACAUUACUCUCUCUCUUUUCUCUAGCCUUGUUGCGCCAUUACAAUUACCAAAAUAAUUUGGGUCACUCUUUUUAAAGACAAUGACAGAGACAAACCAUUCAUCAUCAGAAGUUGAGAGCUGCAGCAGCAAUAACUCCAACUCCUCCGCAUCUUCUUCUUCACAAACUCGCCAGAACUUGUCCAGGAAGACCAAUCCCGCUCAAUCCCCUGAAGAUAGCAGAGCUAAAAAACCAAGAGAUUCAAGCAGCAAGCAUCCAGUCUACAGGGGAGUCAGAAUGAGGAGCUGGGGCAAAUGGGUGUCCGAAAUCCGUGAACCCCGCAAGAAAUCUCGCAUUUGGCUUGGUACUUUCCCUAACCCAGAAAUGGCAGCGCGUGCGCAGGAUGUAGCUGCUUUGAGCAUCAAAGGUGACUCGGCUAUUCUCAACUUCCCUGAGCUUGCCGAGUUGCUUCCCAGACCAGUUUCAUUACUGCCCCGCGACAUUCAAGCUGCUGCAGCUAAAGCUGCUGCAAUGGUCAAUUUCGAUACUCCAUCAUCAUCAUCUUCUUCAUCGUCCGAAUCGUCAUCUUUGUCAGAGUCCAAUGCGUCGGAAGAACCUGCGGAACUGAGUGAAAUUGUUCAGUUACCAAAUAUAGAAGGGAAUUUCGACUCGCUAUUUGACUCACGGAACGAGUUUAUACUGCUUGACUCAGUUGAUGGGUGGGCGUAUCCGCCACAAGAUUUCUAUGGAGGAUUCUGUGAUCAGACAUGGGCAACAGAGAAUUUAGUCCCAGGCAGCUUUGGAACUUCCAUGUGGGAAUAAUUUGCAAAAGUCGAUGGAGCUCCCUUCUUUUACUAGUUUCUCUGUUCAGGAUUACUGUAAUCCUGGGGGAUUUCGAAGUUUGUUUGCCUAUUUUUGCUAACAAGGUCACUUUUUCAUAUUUUUGUAAUAUAAUUCACACGCAAGUCAUAGUUAGGUUUUCCCUAUAAAUAUGUAUACAACUUGAUCAACCUUUGCUCAUGAGAUCUCUAUUUCCAAGUUUAUGAAUGACAAUUUAUGGUUGUUUAG